AUGUCGUCAUUCAAAUCCUCCAUCUGCUCCACUCGAUUGGCUCCCUCGGACCACAAACACUCCAACGCCUCUCCCAUCUCGAUGAAGGAGUUUCAGAUCGUCAAGCCAUUGUCUCCCCCCGCAUCGGUCAAGGUCAGCUCGGUGGCGUCGGACGACGGAAGCGAGGUCGUCGACACUCGCGUGGGACCCAUCGAGGACUGGGAAGGUGGUUACAAAUUUGCGCCCAUCAAGGAGCACCACGUCGCCCGGGCCAUGACCAAGCGAUACGGUGAUGACCUGUAUCGAACAGCCAUCUCCGACAUUGUCAUUGUUGGAUGCGGCUCCGCCGGUCUCAGCUGUGCAUACCAGCUCGCCAAAGAGCGACCUGACUUGAAGAUCGCCAUCUUGGAAGCGGGAGUUGCUCCGGGAGGUGGCGCUUGGCUUGGUGGACAGCUCAUGUCUGCAAUGGUUGUUCGAAAGCCGGCCGACAACUUUUUGCGUGAGCUGGAGGUCCCGUUCGAGGACGAGGGCGAUUACGUUGUGGUUAAGCAUGCUGCCUUGUUCACUUCGACCAUCCUGAGCAAGGUAUUGAAGUUCCCCAAUGUCAAACUCUACAACGCCACGGCCGUUGAAGAUCUGAUUACCGUCAAGGACCCUCUCAAUGGCUCGAACUUGCGUGUAGCGGGAGUCAGCUGCAUGGAUCCUCAGACGAUCACCGCUCCGAUCGUAGCGUCGUUUGCGGGACACGAUGGCCCUUUCGGAGCUUUCUCUGUGAAGCGACUUGCCGCCAUGGGCAUGGUCAAAGAACUCGGAGAUAUGCGAGGGCUCAACAUGCGCUGCGCGGAAGACUAUAUCGUUAACGCGACUAGGGAGAUCGUUCCAGGGCUGAUCACCGGGGGGAUGGAAUUGUCUGAACUCGACGGUGCCAACCGUAUGGGAGCCACUUUCGGCGGGAUGCUCGCGAGCGGAGUCAAGGCUGCAAAGGAGGCCAUCAAAUUGUUCGAUUCUUACGAUAUCGUCGAAGGGGAAGUCGUGGGGCUCAAGCAGGCCGCCUAG